GUCCGCCAUCUUCCUCCCCUCCCCCCCCCCCCGCGUCCCGACCCUCGCUGCGCGUCCGGCCCAACGCCCGCCUCUUUACGUCACAUCCGGCCGGCCUCAGCUCCCCUCCCCUCCGCGCGAGCGCCAUCUUGGUUGAGGGCGCUGGCGGGCGGGGCCGCCAUCUUUGUUGGGGGCAGGAGCCCUUCCGGGUGCUCUUUGGCCCCGGAGGCGCGUCGGCCGCCGAAGCCGCCGCGGCUGGGCCCAGCCCGCCGCACCCCCCGCCUCCUCUCCCAGCUGCUGCCCCGAUCCCCGAGGCGGGCGCCCCAACCUAGGUGGCGGGCCAUGUCUUCGACGCCGGGCCCCGGGCCGCCGCUGGUAGCCGUGUGCCAGGUCACCUCGACGCCGGACAAGGAGCGCAGCUUCUCGGGGUGCGCCGGGCUGGUGCGGGAGGCGGCGGCGGCGGGGGCCGUGCUGGCCUGCCUGCCCGAGGCCUUCGACUUCAUCGCCCGCGACCCCGCCGAGACGCUGCGGCUGGCCGAGCCGCUGGCCGGGGACCUCAUAGGCCGCUACGGCCGCCUGGCCAGGGAGUGCGGCCUCUGGCUGUCCCUCGGCGGAUUCCACGAGCGCGGACCGGACUGGGAGACCACGCCGCGGAUCUACAACUGUCACGUGCUGCUGGACGGCCACGGCGCCGUGGUGGCCACGUACAGGAAGACUCACCUGUGUGACGUGGAGCUGCCGGGGCAGGGGCCCAUGCGGGAGAGCGGCCACACGCUGCCCGGCCCGGCGCUGGCCGCCCCGGUGGACACGCCCGCCGGCAAGCUGGGCCUAGCCAUCUGCUACGACCUGCGCUUCCCGGAACUCUCUUUGGCGCUGGCCCAGGCGGGAGCCGAGAUCCUCACUUUCCCCUCGGCCUUCGGCUGCAUCACGGGGCCCGCCCACUGGGAGGUCCUGCUCCGGGCCCGGGCCAUCGAGACGCAGUGCUACGUGGUGGCGGCGGCCCAGUGCGGGCGGCAUCACGGCCAGCGCGCCAGCUACGGCCACAGCCUGGUGGUGGACCCCUGGGGGACCGUGGUGGCCCGGGGGUCGGAGGGGCCCGGCCUCCUCCUCGCCCCCGUCGACCUGGACCACCUCCGCCACAUCCGCCGCCAGAUCCCGGUCUUCCAGCACCGCCGGCCCGACCUCUACGGCCACCUGGGCCGGGCCCUGGGCGGCCACCCGACCGGCGACCCGGGCCCCUGACCCGCCCGCCCCGCCGGAGCCAGUCGGGACCCGGAUGCAGUCGCUCUUUAUUUCAAGAAAAUCCGAAGCUACACGGGGCUCGGGGGUGGGGCGGGGGGUGAGGGGGGGGACGGGGCACCCCGCUGUGAAAAAUACAGAGUCCAGAGAGGCGG